CAUCCUUCCUCUAUAAAUACAAAGCAGCUACCCCUCUCCUCUUACACUUCCAGUCCUGCAUCACGCUUCUUGUUCACUCACUCUAUCUCGCCGGAGAAACGAGUCCAGUUAAUUUUAUUCACCGGAAAAACAUGCCGAUUCUGUCUCGGACAUCAAGUAGCCUUAUGUUUUCGUUACAAGUUGUUUUAGCAGUCACAAGUAUUUUAUCCGCUGCGCUCGUGUUAAAAUUUUCCGUUCCGGUAAUCACAGAAUUCGCUGUUUAUGAGGUACCUUCGAUUAUAAAAGGUACCGUUUCGUGGUUCAAGCCUCUGUAUAUGUAUAUUGUUAUCAACUGCAUCAUCAUCACCAUUGUAGCCUUCUCAAAAUUCCAUUCGAAAAAUGACGACGUAACACCACCACUACCGUCGGAGGCGUCGCCUCCCUUAGAAACUGCCGCUCAUAUUCAACCUCAGCUGCAGGUGAUGCCUGUUGCUGAAAAUCCCCAAGUAGUUCACUCGGAAAAUGAGUAUAAAUAUGACGGCGUCGUUCUCAGCAGUGAAGCGGUGCCCGAGGGUUAUGCUAACGAUGUUAUUGACAACAACAUCGGUUUUGCACGUAUGGAAGCAAAAGUUUUGGGAAAUAAGACGGCGUCGUUUAACGGGAAUGCAGAUAGUUUCAAAGAUUAUGUUACCAGUAAUAAGGAGAAUGAAUUUGUGAAUUCAAAAUUAAAAGAUGAGCCGGAAUAUUCAUCUUCCAAUGAGAAGCCACGGCCACCGUCGGUUUAUGCGAGGUUCGGUAGCCGGAGAAAUAUCAAAGCCAGUCCAGAAGGUGGUAAAACAGUGUUGGGAGUGUUGAAACCAAACAAGCAAGACACGCUUGAAAGUACGUGGAAUACAAUAACCGAGGGACGUGCAACGCGAUUGAAGAGGCACUUAAGAAAAUCAGACACGCGGGAGAGGGACAAUCAUAUUCAUGAUCAUGAUCACCACCUUCAACCACAACAACAGGAGAAGACUCCAAAAAAGAUGAUCAAAUCCGAUACAUUUAGUGAUCGUGCCAACACUUCUAGCCCACAAUUAAGUCCGUCAUCUAGUGGCAUCAACAAACUUAAGAAAGAAGCAUCGCUAAGUCAAGAUGAGUUAAACAGACGGGUGGAGGCAUUUAUUAAGAAGUUUAACGAGGAAAUGAGACUACAAAGACAAGAGUCUUUGAAUCAAUACAUGGAAACGAUCAACCGUGCAUCACACUAGCAAGCUAUGGAAUUCUCUUUGGAAAUUUGAUGGGGCUGGCUACUCGCAUUAGAGUGCAUUCACUAAAUUAAUGUAUUAUUUUUCUUGCUUUUUUAUUUUCUGUAAGAGAAGGGAAAGAAGGUGAUGUAGGUAAACAGUGUUAUUUACUAUUAAGAUGAAAUCUUAAAAAAUGGAACCAUAUUAUCUAUUGUGCA